UUUUCGUCAUCGUUACCAAAAAACAGCAGUGUGAUAUCUUGAACAACUGCUGGAGCCUGUAACAAAGAUUGGAUGCCUCCGAGCAAUAAAAAGCAGAAGUGUGCGAUGGUUGAGAACCCUCCCGAUUCUCAGAAUUUGCAACACGAGCUGGAGAUAAUGCAAGGCGAAGUGGAAGCAGUAGAGGUCCGUCGUUCAACAGACAGAUGCGAAGCCAUAAAAUACCGUCCCACCUACCGGGCUGUCCUCGCUAAGAGGGGCCUCUUAGUAAAACAGACCCUCGGAAGUGGCAGUUACUCAAAAGUAAAGUUUGCAUACUAUCUCACUGGGGAUAGGGAUAGGGCGGCUGUCAAGAUUGUGGACAGGAACAAGGCCCCCAAAGACUUCCAACAGCGGUUUCUGCCAAGGGAAAUCAAAAUUUGGCCACAACUUAAUCACCCAAACAUUGUCAAACUCUUGGAUAUAUUUGAGGACUCUAGGCGUGUAUAUAUGGUGCUAGAGUUUGGAGAAAAUGGCGAUGUCCUUCGAUAUAUUCAGCGUACUGGGGCGAUUAAGGAAGGGAUGGCGAGAAACUGGACUAAGCAAAUCUGCGAGGCCGUUCGGUACCUCCAUGAGCUAAAUAUCACCCAUCGGGAUCUCAAACUAGAAAACCUUCUUUUGGACAGUAACUACAACAUAAAAAUCUGCGAUUUUGGAUUUGUCAAAGAGGAUCCCAACCGGGACCUUAGCAAAACAUACUGUGGUUCCAAAUCUUAUGCUGCUCCAGAGAUUUUAAAAGGGGAACCAUACGAUACUCAAAAAGCGGACAUUUGGGCCAUAGGCGUCAUUUUAUACAUCUUUGUCACCGGAAAAAUGCCAUUUGAUGAGAGUAAAGGAAAUCACGGGGUGCUAGAGGAACACAAAAGGCUCAACUUCCCGUGGCAUAAGAUUAAAAAGAACGUAUCGGAGGAAUGCAGAGCUCUGAUCUUAUGGUGCUUCAAGUACGACUUCUCACAGCGGCCAGACGUUUAUGAUGUUCUCGGAUGUAUUUGGUUCAAAAUGGGGAUAAACCCAGAGACUACAGGCAUGGAGGGACCCAGACCCAUCACGGAAAAAGCGGAAACGUCCAGUAACCCGUCUGAAUGCCCAGAGCAGAAGGUGUGAUUUGAUACACCCUAUACUCAGAGAUGUGCUGCGCAUGCCCAUUUUUAUUUAUGUUGUACAUAUUUCACUUGAACUGUGAUAAGUAUUUUAAAAUUUCUCUACCUCAAUAUACAUAUUUAGAUGCAGUUUUAAUUGAUAAAAAUUUUAUUGUUUGUAGGUAUGUAUAUAUUGUAAAUAUUUUUUCAUUAUGUACUAACUUGUAUUUUAGUGUACUAACAUUUAUUUUGUAAAAUGUACUUUUGUUACGCAUAUUAAAUUGUUGGUAAUAA